AUGUCGCUGAAAAUCACCACGCCGCAGCAGGCGCGCGCGUUGCUCGCCAACUACGACUAUUUUCUCUUUGACUGCGACGGCGUCAUCUGGCUCGGCGACCAUCUCUUGCCCUCGGUCGCCGAGACCCUUGCGCUCUUGAAGAAGAUGGGCAAGGCGGUCAUAUUCGUCACCAACAACCUGACCAAGGCCCGCGAGGACUACCUCCGCAAGUUCGAGCUGCUCGGAAUCCCGGGCAUCCAGAAAUCGGAGGUCUUUGGCUCGUCGUACGCCCUGGCCGUGUACGUCGACAAGAUCUUGCGGCUUCCCAAAGACAAGAAAGUAUGGGUGCUCGGCGAGUCCGGCAUCGAGUCCGAGUUGCACGAAAUGGGCUACCAGACGCUCGGCGGCACGGACCCGGCGUUGGUCGAGAACGGCGUGGCGUUCGACCCCAACCACCGCUUGCUCACGGACUUGGACCCGGCCGUGGGCUGCGUGGUGGCCGGCUUGACCACCAACAUCAACUACUUGAAGCUCUCGGUCACCAUGCAGUACCUCUUGAAGGACGGCAAGCUGGUGCCGUUUGUGGCCACCAACAUCGACCUGACCUUCCCGCUGAAGGGCAAGCUUUUGAUUGGCGCAGGCUCCAUUGUCGAGACCGUGAGCUAUGCCAGCGGCCGCAGCCCGGAUGCCAUCUGCGGCAAGCCCAACCAGUCCAUGAUGCAGUCCAUCUUGGCCGACCGCCCGGGGCUCAAGGAGAACCCGAAACGAGGGCUCAUGGUGGGCGACCGCUUGAACACGGACAUGAAAUUCGGCCGCGACGGCGGCCUCGACACCUUGCUAGUGUUGACGGGGAUCGAGACCCAGGACGCGGUGGAGAAGUUGGACCCCGCCGAGGCGCCCACCUACUUUGCCGAGAAGUUGGGCGACUUGUUUGAGCUCACGCGCUGA